AUGCCGACCGUGAAGCAUGGGAAUCCGAUUGCUUUCAUACGAAUUGAAAUCGUUCGAAACAUGAAAUCGUCGACUGCUAACUUCUCCAAGCUGUGGACUCAUCUUCUCCAACGACGCAACAAUUUCGAUUCACCUUCAAUUCAAAGUCUGAGAUUGGGACAUCUGAGAUCGAAGGCGGAAAUUGGAACUCCAAUUCACCGUCUGAGGUUAGUUCUUCAAUCCAUGAUGCAAAUGGUAAUGGAACCCGUGUUCAUGGAUAUAUCAGAUAUUCUAACGGGGUAG